AUGAUGAAGUUCACUCAAGGAAUACAAGUCGAGGUGCUAACUGACGAAGACGGUUUGAAAGGUGCUUGGUUUGCUGCAACAACUAUUGAACCUUCGGGUGAAGACAAGUACCUUAUUGAGUACAAAACCCUGAGGAAUGAUGAUGAUACUGAGUUUCUCAGGGAAGUCAUUCUUGCUUGCAACAUAAGGCCUUGUCCGCCGGAGAUCAUUGUUGUGGAUGGAUUCAAGGUGUGGGAUGCAGUAGAUGCUUACUACAACGAGGGCUGGUGGGUUGGCGUGAUUGCAAAGAGGAAGAGGAAAGGGUCCCCGAUUUGGAUCUCUAGCCUGCCUGCUCUAACGGUGAAAUCGCCAGCUCAAGACGUUCCGUCUCUUAUCUGGUCCCGUCCCAAAAUCAAAAUCCAUCGAAGUCCAUAG